AGGGAGUAUAAUAGGUGGCAGUGUCUUCCUGAGGGAAUAUAAUAAGUGGCAGUGUCUUCCUGAGGGAAUAUAAUAGGUGGCAGUGACUUCCUGAGGGAGUAUAAUAGGUGGCAGUGACUUCCUGAGGGAGUAUAAUAGGUGGCAGUGUCUUCCUGAGGGAGGUUAAGACUAGGGACUGCCUCAGAGCGAAUAAUUAAAAUGUUUUGAUGGUAUUCCCGCAGGUGGAGUGCAAAAAGGCGCAGCCCAAGGAAGUGAUGCUGCCGACUAGUGUUGGACGCGGGAGGGGUGGCGGCCGUGGAGGCUACGAUCUAGUUUGGUCGCUGGGAGCUCUACCUGAUGGUAUACAAGCAGCAGCGUACGCAGCAUAUGCUGGGCGCGGUUAUGCCAGUUACCCGAGUUUCGGGUUUCCUUAUCCAACAGGGCUGACUGCCGCCAUACCGCUCAGAAACGAGAGUCCCAGCAAAGCCAUAACAUCAAAUUCGCUUCCCCAUAUUCGCGCUGUACCUGUUCUCACACCCGGUUUUCCGGCCGGAUGUGGCUACUUCUCUUCGGCAACCGGUGCUUCCAUCACGGGCGUGUCCCCUCAGACGCCCACGCCCGCAGACGGGUUCAAAGCCACCGCCUAUUACGAUUCGGGAGCCGUCGCUACCCCCACUCUCACCCCCACAGCACCCAUCACGCCCACACUCACGGGAGAUGUGACAGAGGACAUGUUACAUUACCAUCUGCAGGCUGAGCGGCUGGCAGCAGCUGGUACCUACUACGAUUCAGGUGCCCUGGCUGCGGUCACCAUGAGCGGAGCGGGAGGAGACCGACAACAGUCUAUCCAGGUGACUGCAGCGACUGCUCCAGGAGCUCCACACACACGUGCUGACCAUAUCAACUCCUCCCCAAUGCUCAGGACUACAGUGUUGAACAGUUUCCCACAGGGGUACGGACCUCCCACCUCCCCAGCUACUGCCACCAACAGAGGUUUUGGCCCUGCAGGAUCCCCAGGUCCUAUGGACGUUUUCUCCGCUGCGCCAGGAGAUACUGCUGUAGGAUACGUGCAGGCAGCCUCUCCUCAACCUUCAUCCUUCCCCGUCGCCGUCAACAGGGGUCCUCUCAUAGCUGCCUACGCUAACGGUUACCACUGAAGAAGAAAUCUUGGUAAGCUGUUCGUCCUCGUAUAGUUACAUUUAGAGUGUGGGAUCUGGCAGGGUGGUGAUCCCUCUCUUACUGGGGUCGUGUCUGCAGCCGCCGUCGCCACCACAACUACCACCACCAUCACCGCCACCACCACGACUACCACCACCACUACUACCACCACUACUACUACUACUACGACUACUACUAUUUCUACUGCUACUGUCAUCUUCACUUCACCACCAAGAGCACGGGGUUGCCAUGGCUGAUGCUUGGUAUUUGCACCAUCUCGCCCUGAUCACCCUCCCUCACCUUCACCUCCCUCACCUUCACCUCCCUCACCCUCACCUCCCUCACCUUCACAUCUCUCACCUUCACCUCCCUCACCUUCACCUCCCUCACCUUCACCUCCCUCACCUUCACCUUCCUCACCUUCAUCUUCCUCACUUGCUCUCACCAUCAACUGUCCAUUGUCGUACCUCUCACACUCUACCAGUGAUCAUUACCAACUGUUCCCCAGUUGCUACUGGACCACCACUUUCCUCAGUUGCUACUGGGCCACCUCUAUCCCCAGUUGACGCUACUGGGCCACUUCUUCCCCCAGAUGAAGCUACUGGACCACUACUUUUCCCAGUUGACGUUACUGGGCCACUUCUACUGGGCCACCGCUUCCCCCAUCAAGGCCACUUCAGCACCCCCUUUCCUGCCCCUUCAAUUCCCACCGCUUUCUCCUCCACCCCCGGCCCCUGGAUGACUUCAAUGUGGAGAUGCACGCCAUGCUACAUCAAGACUGAUCUUUGUAAGUAAUGGAGUGUUGGUCUCCAGUUCAUGGGCCCGACAUGCAGCCCAGGAGAAACGUUUUCCAGCAGUGGUAGCUACACUGAGCAUACGUUUGUAUAUGCAUGUGAAAAGUGACUUGAAAAUUGGUAUUUAGACAUACCUGUGGUUUAGAUAUUUUACUUUUGUGUAUAUAUAUAUAUAUACAGUAAAGGUGUUGCCUCCGUUAUCACCUUAUUCUAGUUACUUUUACGUCAAGUGACGGGUUGUCAUUUUGAAUGGGAGGCACGAGCCCACACAGACACAAGGUCGUGUUCCUCAAAACCUUGCAAAUGGAAAAUUGAUUCUUCGAGCCGUCAUUCUUACAGUUCAAAAUAGCCGAUCUCGCCACCAGUAGAUAAUCUACUCACGUUUACACCUCAGUAGAUAUAAUUCAAAGUUUCUUGUACAGGGUACAGAAGAGGUAUUAGAGACAGUAAAUUUUUGGCCAGAAUUAAAAACCACUUGGUAGCAAUUGUGGUCGGGCCAGCGAGUGUGUUUCUUGAGGUCAUCAGUAGAGGCUAUCUCUCCUCGCUUUACAGGGGGAAGACUCGCCCUUACUGCACACUUUCUGAAGGAUCAGAUUGGCUGGUUUGGUCACAUCACCACAGUAACUGGCAAGACAGGGUAAGCUUAGGAGAUUUUUUUUUUUUCAGAAUUUUUACUACGUUCAAAGUUGAAAACUUUAAAACGCUUUGAAAUUGUUUAAAUAACAAUAUAAUGCAAAUAGAGGCUUAUAUACAGAUAAUAAUUGUAAUAAUAAUAAUAAUAUCUGAGUUGUUAAAUCUUUGCCAGAGAAAACCCUUGUACUUAUAGUUUAUUCUUGUUC